AUGCUUUGUCUUGGGUCUGGCUCGACGUGCGACGUUUGCCUCGAACCCUUUGGCAACGACACCAAAGCACCCUGCUCAAUAGAGUGCGGACAUGUCUUUUGCCUGAAUUGCCUCAAUCAGAUCACGCGUCUCAAGUGUCCUCUUUGUCGAAGCCGCUUUGAGCCGCAGGGUUUCGUGAAGCUUCAUAUAGACGUGGACGAUGUUCGAUCAUCGUCUCAUUCUCCCGAGCGACCACCCAGUGCUUCUCCAGCUGAGCUGGAGGCUCGACGGCUGCAGGAGGCCAUCGCGAACAUUGCCAACGAAGGGUCGACAGAGGCGAGCCUUCGACAGCUCAUCCAGGAUUGCAAGUCCUUCCUCGCUGGGCAGCCGCGUAAUCUGUUUACGGAGUUGCGGUUUAUUCAUCGAGUAGUGUCAUAUCUAUGCGACGUCAAGAGCGAUUUGGUAAAGACCAAACGAGAGCUGGCGCAUCUGACGACGGAGAAAGCUCGAUCAGAUCAGAUGGUGGCUGAUCUUGAGGCAGACAUGAAGAGAGAUAGGAGGAAUGCACAGGCGCUGGAGGAUAAUUUACGGGACUAUUGCAGCAAGGCUCAAGGAGCGUACUUCGGCGUUGCAGAGUGA